UUUUUCUAUUAUACAAUUAGCUUUGCACAAGGCAGAACAACAACAGACUUCAUUGAAUUUUACAGCCCUGGGUUGGACCAUGAAAGACAAGCAAACAGAUUUUAAGGAGUGUGCUAAAUCUGAGGACUUGUGACAGUCCAGAUUUAUCCAGAAUAUCAGUCUGUGGAUAUUAUACCUCAAGGAUUAUCUCAGAUGGAAAAGAGGAGGAGAAUGAAAGUUCCCGCCCCAUCUCCACCACAGGCCCCCGCUCCCCGUCAUUUGUUCAGGAACCCUGUACCUGAUGGGGGAGGGAUGUCAGCCAUGGAUGUCAAGGAGAACAUUCUAAGGCCCACUGUAGAUUUUCAGCUAACUCUACCGGGGGGGUUCCAGGUUUCUGAAACCGAGGAUGGAAGUAAAGCUCUGAUGGAUCUACUGGUCGACCUAUGCGGUCGCCACCGUCUGAAUCCAUCUCUGCACACCUUGGAGCUGCUUUCACCUGAAGGUCACUCUUUGGGAUUCAAACCCAACGCCCUGCUUGGCUCCUUCAAUGUGGCCUGUGUGCUCAUCAAGGAGAAAGUGGUGGAGGAGAAAGUGACGCGCAGACCGGCUCCUAAAGCGCCAGAGAAAACGGUGCGUUUGAUGGUGAACUACCACGGCAACCAGAAAGCUGUGGUACGGGUCAACCCACUGGUCCCGCUCCAGGCUUUGAUUCCAGCCAUAUGUGACAAGUGUGAUUUUGAUGCUGCACAUGUCCUUCUCCUGAAAGACGCCAUCAGUCGCCACGAGUUACCGCUGGACAAAUCUUUGACUGAGCUAGGCAUCAGGGAGCUCUAUGUUCAUGACCAGACUCUAGUUUUACAGCCUAAAAUGGCUUCUGCCCCUGCCCUGAACAACUCAGAUCCUAUGUAUUCCAGUACUGCUAGUUUGGGAAGACCACAAAAGAAAGGACUGUUAAAUAUCUUCUCAUUCAGCAAAAGGAAAUCAAAGAGUGACAGAAAUUAUAUGGACAUGGAAGACUUUGAUGAAAAUGCAAUUCAAAACUCAGACACAAAAUCCAAAGGGAUUUCCACCGUGUCAGGGGUCUCCUAUGUAGAGGGAUCUUCUGGCUCCUUGGAGCAGUCUCGGUCCUUCACUGAUAUUUCUACAAUGCAUGCCAAAGCAGAGUCCAAGAAGAGGCGGGCCCCUGCACCACCUGUUGUCCCAACAUCCAGCCAGAGGAACCCAAACUUUAAGAACAAUCAGGAGGUUCCCGGUUCAGAAGGCCAAAGGAAGCGAAAGGCUCCCCCUCCGCCACCCUCUCCCUCUUCUUUAGCCCAGGACUCCGAUGAUAGUUCUGCACCUGUUUCCAUUUCCAAUCCUCAGGGCAGUGUAAUUCCUACCCCAGUUCCCCGCACCAAGACGCCGCCACCCCCCAAGUUCUCUGAUGCCUCUGUGAUCAUACAGGCAGCAGAAGCACCUCCUGGUAAAACAGCACCUAAGCCUCCACCUGUGCGCGACGCCACUCCACCCCUGACCUCUCCAUCUUCCAGUUCUCCAACCCCGAGCAGCAGCACCUCAGACAGCCUGGCUGUGCAGGACUCCAGCUCUGAGCUCAGCCGCAGCCUUGAUGACUCAGAUGUCGACCUCGACCAGGCUGGUUCCCGCUGCAGCACCAGUAGCACAGCCGAAAGCUCUCUGCAAGUUGAGCCUGCAACAGAAAAGUCCAGCACAACGGCCAUCCAACAAUAUAAAGAGGCGAAUUCAGACAGCAGCUCCAGGUCAGACAGCGAAUCGGCCCUAAACCUCAAAUUGGACGAAGCAGAGAACAACAGACACAGCGGAAUGGCCUGGCUUCAUUCCAGGAAAACUUCAUCCAUCUUCAAGAAACAAGAAACGCCAGCACCUGAAGCUGAGACUCUUUCUCUAGACAGCAACAGCUUUGGCAGCAGCCUUCCCGACCAGGGUUAUACAUCACCUGAAGGUGCUACGGAGGCUGAGGACUCGGGCAUUGUUAGUUCCCCCUCUGAUACCCAAACCACCUCCCCACAUGGGAGUUUAUCAGAAAUACUGAGUGGAGAAAGAGGAGAGAGAAGAAACUUAAGGGAGGUUUCAAGUGACAGCGAGGAAGAAAAUACUACCUGGGCAGGAAACAACAGGCACAAUCUUCGAGGUCCUAACCCACAACCCCUUAACGGCUUUAAGGACGACUCUGAGCUCACAGUCCAGCUUCAUCAGACUUUGGCAGAUGCAGGCCUUGCAGAUGAGAAGGAGGACAUCAGGAAGCUACAGUCCAGUUACAACCAUUCUGACAUCACCUCUGUCAGAGAGAGCCCUGAUAGGAAGUCUACAGACAGCAGUGAGGUCCCUGUGUCUGUAGUGGACAUGGAUGUGCCAGUCACUGCCAUAGAUGAGGUACUGGAGGAAUAUGAACGGGAUUUUGAUGAAUAUGAAGUCAAGUCGUUGACCAAGACCGAGUCGACUAAGAGCGAAGGACAAGACUUCAGUCAUCGCUCUAAUGAGGAGAAGCAGAACAAAAAUAACAAUGCUUAUACAGCUGCUUUUGGUUACAAAACAGGUAGUGCUAGUUCAGAUCUCCCCAAGGAGUCGAGCGCACCACAGGAGAUCAAAACCAAAGGUGUUAAAAAAGAAAAAAAAGCGCAUGAAAUAAAAAUGAAAGAGAAAAGGAUUGCUGAUACCACCGCUGGGAAAGAGGAUACCCAAAGACUGUCUAGGAGAACCAGUGCUGAUCUGCAGAAAAGCAGUAAGCCUCCUAUAGUCUCAGCUGAUCCUGUGAAAUACGACACUCAUUUCUUUAAGCAGAAAAAAUCGGAGCUUCCAGCAAAGAUUCAGAGAUCAGUUUCUCCUGAAAGGGAUGAAGCGAUGCAGAAAGUAAACCAGAUCAGCUCUGGUUUUAGUCCUUCGCAUGGUAAAAUCAAACACAAUGUCCCAUCACGUUUUGGGAUGAAAACCUUCACCGUGGUCCCUCCAAAACCCUCCAUCACGUACGUCGCUGAGACACAGCCGGCCGCGAAAGGAAGUAAUUUUGCCAUUAAAAUUGACGAUCAAGGGAACAUGGUGGGAGCAGGCCUCCCUUACCUGAAAUCUACACAGUCGUCUAAAUCAGAGAUUGAAAACACUAACCCUGUUUGUGAAUAUGCCAAAGAAUUUUGGACCUCUAACAUCAGGCAAGAACAUGUGUUGACUCAAAGACAACGGUUUGAAAGCACAGAUGUCAGCAGCAAUGCCUCUGCUGCUUGCCUGGAAGGCAAGUCAAAGACUAGCAACACGGAAAGCCAGAAAACAGCAACAAGCGACGUUGCUAAACUAACAACAGUGGUUCAAACAAAAGUAGAGAUGAAAGAAGAUCAUAAACAAGUCAUGAAAGAUGCGAGUUUAAACAGAGAGCGCAAUGAGGUGAAGAGCAAGAUUUCAGGGUCCAACAACGUACAGAGGCCAAGUAACACACCUUCCCUUCCCCCUCCCUUACAGUCAGACAGGAAACAGCAACUGAACUUUGUCAAACCAUCCAGGCGGACCUCCAGCCAGUACGUAGCAUCUGCCCUAGCUAAAUACACGCCCAAAACCUCAGCUAAACCGAGCAGAAUCCCAAAAAUCACUGACUCGUCUGAGACAUCAAGGACAGAGAAGGCUGCAGGUUUCCAGAAAUCACUGACUCAUUUCCAAUCCUCCCAGCUAUCUUUGACAGAUAUUACCGAGAAUGACUCUACUGGCACAGUCACUGUUUCCUGUCCUCAGAGGUCCAUGAGCUUCCCAGAGUACAUGUCAGAAAGUCAAAGAGAUUCUGUAGAGGUGAAAAUAAACAGGGAGAGAUUUAAAAACAACACAUUGAAGAAGAAAGAAGGUUUGGAUACAGCUGAACAAAAAACAGACAAGAAGAAUGACAGUCGCUACAAUGGAUCCCCCCAAAUACACGUAAUUAGCAACAGCAGUGAUUACGUGAAACACAUUCAACGUCAAAUCUCCAGCCCAGCAAAAAGCACCUCUCCCCAGCCAUCUUUUAAACCACCCAUAGCCCCAAAGAUCAAACUACAACAACAGAUAAGUGAAAAGGAUGAUUUGAAGGAAAUUAAACUGCCGUCAUCAGCUAUAGUGUCAGACAGCACUGACGCGCCUGGGUCUAUUGAAGGAGUGACAGUGUUUGGACCCGUUAAAAAGUUCAAACCAGUCAUCUGUAGAUCUGUUGAGAAAGAGACGUCCCUGCACAGCAGCCUGAUGGAGGCAAUCCAGACAGGUGGAGGCAAGGAGAGGCUGAGGAAGAUCUCCACUACCACCAGUAAUGAGAAGAAAAUACCAUGUGCCGAUGAAAGCGAUGAAAGAUCUGCUCUUCUAUCUGCCCUUAGAUGUCCAAACGUCAACAGACUGAAAAAGACAAAAUCUAAGGCUGCCAGUGAGGUUGAGCGGUUCAGGAAAGAGAGCUCAGGGGAGGGGAAAACAGAAACCCCUCCAUAUUUGACCAGAUCUUCACCACUUUCUCCACCACCACCUCCACCUAUUAGUGCACCUCCACAUCCACCCCCUCCCGUAUUUCCCCAGGGUAAAGCUAACACUGUGGGUCAUUUAAAUGCCAACGCCUCUAUGAAUCCUGCCCUGGCCAGGGAGGCUCUGCUGGAGGCUAUUCGUUCUGGAUCUGGUGCUGAGCGAUUGAGAAAGGUGUCUUCCCCUAAGAAGACUGUCCAAGUGAACGGCAGACUGGGAACCAUUCAACAUUGAGCUGGAGACACCCAAAUCACAGCAACAAGGAAUCUAGCAGAAAUUUUCAUUGCAUUAUUUAAUUUUUUUUUUCUUUAUAUAUUAAAACAUGCUUUUAAAGCGUGCCUGAACUGAAUCACUGCAUAUUCUAGAUGAGGUUUUGCACUACAAUGGCUAAAUAAAUUAUUUCCUAUUUCACGUUCUCUGGUCAGACUGGAUAGAACAUCUGAUGCCUUAUGCUUAUAUCAAUCACUUGUAAAUUUAAAAAGUAAAGUGGAGAUGUUAUUGAGCGAAUGAUUCGUCUGUUUGUAGCAUUUGCAGCAGUCGGGGGAAAGGGUCAAAGGUGACACAUGUUCAGUUAGAAUAGCUACACUAUGAGAUGGAUCAACGUUUUGGAAACUGGUCUCCAGUGUUAUACCGUCACAAGUUUAUCUCGCCAUUUAUACUCGCAUCCAUUCUUGUAGAACAUUGUGCAAAAUGUGCCAAUGAAAGAAAACCUAACGGGACGUAAAACUUUAACUUAAUUUUUGUUCUUUUCUUCUUUUUUUUUUUGUCUGCCUGAGCGGGCGUAACCUACGGAUGCCUUAAACAGCUGCUAAAUCAGUGUUAUACCGGUGUAUGGUGAAUGCUUCAUAAAUUCUAGAAUGAGUGCAAUAACUGUUUGAUGAGGUUUCCUGAUUUUGAGUAUUUAAUAUUUUUUCAAAUGAAGAUUAUUUCUAUAAUAUCUUCAGUUUAAGGAACAAUGAUUAGAUAUGCAUAGGCUUUUUUAUAUGAUCCUUACUGCCUCCCUCAACAAUUUUAGGAUCUGAUGUAAAGUUCACUAAAUAUAACCUGCUGGUGCCUGUAAACCUAUUUUGUUCAUUUGCAAGCAUUUUGGCUGGUGUUCCUUAUGUUAUGUUCAAGCCUUUUGAUUAAUUUGUGUUGUUAAAAGAACUCUUGAUUUGUGUAUAUAUGUGUUUUUAAGGGCACUAUUAAUGAUUCAUCUAGUCAUCUUAUAUUUUAAAUCAUAUGAAGCAGCUGCUCCAGAAAAGCUGCGAAUGACCUUGGAUUUUAGCUUUAUCUUUUUUUUUUCCUGCGCUCUUCCAAGUGAUAUUAUAGGGAAACCAUGACUUCCUAUAAACACGAUCGUUUAUUAAUCCUUUAUUAAUGAUCUAUCGCCUUAGAAUGAUGAUAGAUUCAGGUACAGUUCAUUUCUGCUGUAUUUUCUAAAGGGAGAUAAAGGGGAGAGUUUUAUAGAGAUUUGUUCAACUCUGGUUUAAAUACUGUUUGAUGGUUUAAUCUAGGCUUGUGCACGAUGGUGCAUUUUCCCUCUUUUUUGUGUAAAAU